CACAGGCUUUACCCAGAAGCCCCUGACACCGAGGAUGUGGAUGAAGGCAUUGGAGGAGGAGAAGAAGAGGGCGCAGAUGAGGAUGAAGAGAAGGAGAGACGAGCAGAGAGACGUUCCCCUCGACGGCUCAAGGACGAGAGAGAAAACACGGAGCCCAAAGCCGUGCAGGUGUUCAGAUUAGACAUCAUGGCAGCAGAUGACGAGGGCUUCCUCAGGAAACAGAAGCACAUGAGGGCUCAGGCGUUUGCUUUUAAAAUGCGUCCGCGCAAGGAGGUGCUGGAGGUCAAUUAUAUCGACCUGUACAUGUGCAUGGUGUGUGGGCGGGGCGACGAGGAGGACCGCCUCCUGCUGUGUGAUGGCUGUGAUGACAGCUACCACACCUUCUGCCUGAUCCCGCCGCUGCAGGACGUGCCCAAAGGAGACUGGCGCUGCCCCAAGUGUGUGGCAGAGGAGUGCAGCAAGCCUCGCGAGGCGUUCGGCUUCGAGCAGGCCGUGCGCGAGUACACGCUCCAGAGCUUCGGUGAGAUGGCCGACCACUUCAAGUCCGAUUACUUCAACAUGCCUGUUCAUAUGGUGCCCACGGAGCUGGUGGAGAAGGAGUUCUGGCGUCUGGUCAGCAGCAUCGAGGAGGACGUGAUCGUGGAGUACGGCGCUGAUAUCAGCUCCAAAGACAUGGGCAGCGGAUUCCCAGUGCGAGACGGCAAGAGAAAACUCAUCGGCGACGAGGAUGAGUACGCGAGCUCGGGCUGGAACCUGAACAACAUGCCGGUGCUGGAGCAGUCGGUGCUGACGCACAUCAGCGGGGACAUCAGCGGCAUGAAGGUGCCCUGGCUGUACGUGGGCAUGUGCUUCUCGUCCUUCUGCUGGCACAUCGAGGACCACUGGAGCUACUCUAUCAACUACCUGCACUGGGGCGAGCCCAAGACCUGGUACGGCGUUCCAGCACACGCCGCCGAGCAGCUGGAGUCCGUCAUGAAGAAAGUGGCUCCGGAGCUCUUCGACUCUCAGCCGGACCUCCUGCAUCAGCUGGUCACCCUGAUGAACCCCAACCUCCUCAUGGAGCACGGUGUCCCGGUGUACCGGACCAAUCAGUGCGCGGGAGAGUUUGUCGUCACCUUCCCAAGAGCCUAUCACAGCGGCUUCAAUCAAGGCUACAACUUUGCUGAGGCAGUCAACUUCUGCACUGCAGACUGGCUGCCCAUCGGGAGGCAGUGUGUGGCGCAUUACCGGCGUCUGCAGCGCUACUGCGUCUUCUCCCAUGAGGAGCUGGUGUGUAAGAUGGCGGCCGAUCCGGAGAGUCUGGACGUGGAGCUGGCGGCGGCUGUGGUCCGAGAGCUCGGAGACAUGAUCGAAGAGGAGAGCCGCCUGAGAGCAGCCGUGCAGGAGACGGGGGUGCUGUGCUCGGAGCAGGAGGUGUUUGAGCUGGUGCCCGAUGACGAGCGGCAGUGCUGGAAGUGCAAGACCACCUGCUUCCUGUCUGCGCUCACCUGCAGCUGCAGCCCGCAGCGUCUGGUGUGUCUGCAUCAUGCAGCCGAGCUCUGCAGCUGCGCAGCCAGCAACAAGUGCCUGCGGUUCAGGUACGAUCAGGACGAGUUUCCCGCCAUGCUCUACGGGGUGAAGUCACGCGCGCAGUCUUACGACACCUGGGCCAAGAGGGUCACGGAGGCGCUGGCGGCCGAUAACAAGAGCAAGAGAGAUCUGAUCGAGCUGAAGGUGCUGCUGGAGGACGCAGAGGACAGGAAGUACCCCGAGAACAGCCUGCUGCGCAGCCUGCGAGACACGGUGAAGGAGGCCGAGACCUGCUCGUCUGUGGCGCAGCUGCUGCUCAGCCAGAAGCAGAGGCACAGAGAGCGUCCCGAGAGCAGCGCACAGAAAGCUGGCAGCAAGCUGACGGUGGAGGAGCUGAAGGUGUUUGUGGAGCAGCUGUACCGCCUGCCCUGCCUCAUCAGCCAGGCCCGACACGUCAGGGAGCUGCUGGAGAGCGUGCAGGACUUUCACGAGCGGGCGCAGGCGGCGCUGGCCGACGAGAUUCCGGACUCCGGGAAGCUGCAGGCGCUGCUGGAGCUGGGCUCGGGGCUGGAGCUGGAGCUGCCGGAGCUGCCGAGGCUCAAGCAGGAGCUGCAGCAGGCGCGCUGGCUGGACGAGGUGCGGCUGACGCUGAUGGAGCCGCAGCGCCUCACACUGGAGCUGAUGAAGCGGCAGAUCGACUCGGGCGUGGGCCUGCCGCCCCAUCACGCCGUGGAGAAAGCCAUGGCCGAGCUGCAGGAGCUGCUGACGCUGUCCGAGCACUGGGAGGAGCGGGCGCGCGCCUGCCUGCAGGCCAGGCCUCGCCACAGUCUGCUGACGCUGGAAAGCAUCGUGAUGGAGGCCAAGAAUAUCCCAGCGUACCUGCCCAAUGUUCUGGCCCUCAGAGAUGCCCUGCACAAAGCCAAAGAGUGGACGGCCAAAGUGGAGGCCAUUCAGGUGACCAACGGCAGUAACUACGCCUACCUGGAGCAGCUGGAGGGUCUGUUAAUGAGAGGACGCUCCAUCCCGGUCAGAUUGGAGGCUCUGCCGCAGGUGGAGUCACAGGUGGCUUCUGCUAGAGCCUGGAGAGAGAGAACCGCCCGCACCUUCCUGAAGAAGAACUCCACCUACACCCUGCUGCAGGUGCUCAGUCCGCGUGUGGAUAUCGGCGUGUACGGCAGCAGCAAGGGCAAGCGCAAGCGUGUCAAAGAGCUGCUGGAGAAGGACCGCGGCCUGGAGCUGGAUGCUCUGAGCGACCUGGAGGACAGUGUGGAGGACACGCGUGACCCCGCCGCCGUCGUGGCCGCCUUCAAAGCCAGAGAGCGGCAGGAGCUGGAGGCCAUCCACUCGCUCCGCGCCGCCAACCUGGCCAAGAUGGCCCUGGUGGAGCGCAUCGAGGAGGUGAAGUUCUGUCUGUGCCGUAAGACAGCCAGCGGCUUCAUGCUGCAGUGCGAGCUGUGCAGGGACUGGUUCCACGGAGCCUGCGUGCCGCUGCCCAAAGCCGGCUCGCAGAAGAAGCUGGUGUCCGGCAGCAAAGAGAGCAAGUUCCUGUGUCCGCUGUGCCAGCGCUCGCGGCGGCCGCGGCUGGAGACCAUCCUGUCCCUGCUGGUGUCGCUGCAGAAGCUGCCGGUGCGGCUGCCCGAGGGAGAGGCGCUGCAGUGUCUGACCGAGAGAGCCAUGGGCUGGCAGGACCGCGCUCGACAGGCCCUGGCCACCGACGAGCUCUCCUCCGCCCUGGCCAAGCUCUCCGUGCUCAGCCAGCGCAUGGUGGAGCUCGCCGCGCGAGCGAAGACUGAGAAGAUCAUCAACGCUGAGCUGCAGAAGGCGGCCGCCAACCCCGACCUGCAGGGCCACAUCCAGACCUUUCAGCAGGCCGGUUUCAGCAGGGCCACGUCACCACGGCCCUCUGUGGACUAUGACGACGAAGAGACGGACUCCGACGAGGACAUCAGAGAGACUUAUGGAUAUGACGUAAAGGACUCAGGAGAGGUGAAGCCGUACUUGUUCUGUGACGAGGAGAUUCCUGUGAAGUCGGAGGAGGUGGUCAGUCACAUGUGGCCCACAACACCAUCUUUCUGCACGGAGCACGCGUACUCCUCUGCCUCGAAGUUCUGUCCUCAGAAUCCGGUGGCGCCACGCAAGCAGCCCAGGAAGACGCCGCUGGUGCCGCGCAGCCUGGAGCCUCCGGUGCUGGAGCUCUCGCCGGCGGCCAAGGCCCAGCUGGAGGAGCUGAUGAUGGAGGGAGUGGACUGGGUCCAGUGUGACGGCGGCUGUGACGAGUGGUUUCAUCAGGUGUGUGUGGGUGUGACGUGUGAGAUGGCUGAGAAUGAAGACUACAUCUGCUCGGCCUGCUCGCAUAAAGCCGGCGCGGCUGUGACGGUGGGAGCAGAGACUGUGGUGAUGUCUGUCCCGGCGCUGCCCCUGACCGUCCCUCGGGAGAGCAGUUAA